CAGAUCAGAGGAGGUUGUUUAUUUAUCCAGCGCUUUGAACAGAAAUCCUUGUUUGCUCGCCCCACUCGGUUGUGGUUAGGGCUCAGGCUCAGCUGCAGUCAGCGACCGCCGCUGGCACGCUCAGUUCACGACGACAACAGCGAGAUAGUAAGAGGAUAUCAGCGCUUUUAGAGACUUAUCAGCUGAGAUAGACUGUGUUUGACCGCAGAUACAGACAGAACAGCACAGACAAUACAGACAAGCACAGAUACAGGCGAUGAUUCAGAUAGAGCGCCACACCUACCGUGUCCUCAACCAGGACUUCACAAUUGACCGCCGCUUCCAGGUCACAAAGGAGCUGGGCCAGGGCGCGUAUGGCGUGGUCUGCGCCGCCCGAUAUACCGAGAGCUCGCAGGCGGUCGGCGUCGCCAUCAAGAAAGUCACAAACAUCUUUUCGAAAAAGAUCCUGGCCAAGCGGGCUCUGCGCGAGCUCAAGCUUCUGACUCAUUUCCGUGGACACAAGAACAUUACUUGCCUCUACGACAUGGACAUCGUCGACACAAACAACUUCAACGAAGUGUACCUCUACGAAGAGCUGAUGGAGUGCGACAUGCACCAGAUCAUCCGCUCGCAGCAACCACUGACGGAUUCGCACUACCAGUCCUUCAUCUACCAGAUCCUCUGCGGCCUGAAAUACAUCCACUCCGCCAACGUUCUCCACCGCGAUCUCAAGCCCGGAAACUUGCUUGUCAAUGCGGAUUGCGAGCUCAAGAUUUGCGAUUUUGGCCUCGCGCGCGGGUUUUCUAAUGAUCCGGCGGAAAACGCGGGGUUCUUGACUGAGUAUGUGGCAACGCGGUGGUACCGAGCGCCAGAGAUCAUGCUGUCUUUCCAGAGCUAUACAAAAGCCAUCGACGUGUGGUCGGUAGGAUGUAUCCUUGCCGAACUUCUAGGAGGAAAGCCAUUCUUCAAAGGACACGACUACGUUGACCAGCUCAAUCAGAUUCUACGCUACCUCGGCACACCCUCAGAAGAGACAUUAUGCCGGAUCGGAUCACAGCGAGCACAGGAUUACGUGCGCAGUCUAGAGUACCGCGCGCCAGUCCCCUUCUCGAAGCUGUUUCCGUCUGCGAACCCGCAGGCGCUUGAUUUGCUGGAGAAGAUGCUGGCGUUUGAUCCCGCGGAGCGGAUUACGGUGGAAGAGGCGCUGAAUCACCCGUACCUGGCGGUGUGGCACGAUCCGGCGGACGAGCCGGAGUGUCCGACGACGUUUGACUUUUCGUUUGAGUCAGUGGAUGACAUUGAUUCGAUGAGAGAGAUGAUCAAGGACGAGGUGAUUCAGUUCCGGAAGAUGGUGCGGCAGCCGGUGGAGACGCAGAAGGAGAUGCUGGGCCGGUCCGGGGCCGCGCCGUCGGGCGGACCGCAGACGCAGAUGCAGACGCAGGAUGUUGGCGGGCAGGCGGCUGGUCGGGAGGAGGUGCCGCGGCCGUCGGAGAUGGACCUUGACGGGCAGCUGACGGCGGAUGGCGAGACGACUGUGGUGGAAGGCAGUCUUGAGCGCGAGCUGGAGUUUGGGCUGGACGGGAUUACACAUUAGUCGUGCUGUGUGUGUAGUGGUAGUGAGGGAUGCAAGUAUGCGAAUGCGUAUGCAGUGUGGGAUUGGCGAGGGCUGGGCGAG